GGAAACAAUUCGACGCAGAGAACGAAGGAUUUAACACUGAGAACUGCUAAUAUUAUUAACAGAAAGUUCGCCCGCCCAAUUUCUUGAAUGGAGAAAAUCCGUUAGAGUUCAACUCGGCUCAUAGUUGUUUGCUACAAUGUUUUCAAUUGCAGCUAUCAAUGAUACAGACUCAAAAAGCCAAUGGGAACCUUUAGCCCCAACCAAAGAAGCCCAGGAAUUUCAUUUAUCACAAACUUACCAUGAAGGACUUUUGAAACUGGAAGCUAAAGACUAUAAAAAAGCUCGUGAGCUUUUGGAGGCUGUGUUAAAGGAUCCUUUGGUCUCAAACUCUCAGGUGGAUAGUAAUUCUAGUGAUGGUCAUCUUUUGCAGCUCAGAUUUUUGGCACUGAAGAAUCUUGCCAAUGUUUUUCUACAACAAGGUGCUCCAUACUACAAAGAUGCUUUGCAAUGCUAUCUUCAAUCUGUAGAGAUUGAUAAUAAGGAUGCUGUUGUCUGGAAUAAGCUGGGAACUUUAGCAUGCUCAAUGGGAUCGUUGAGCAUUUCCCGCUGGGCAUUUGAACAAGGGUUAUAUUGCAGUCCCAAUAACUGGAAUUGCAUGGAAAAACUUUUAGAAGUGCUUAUUGCUAUAGGUGAUGAGGUUGACUGCCUUUCAGUUGCUGAACUAAUUCUAAGACAUUGGCCUUCCCAUUCUCGAGCUUUGCAUGUUAAAAGAACUAUUGAAGAGUCUGAACCAAUUCCAUUUGCCCCACGAGGGAUAGACAAGCUAGAACCUAAACAUAUGCGGCUGAAAUUCCCAGAGAAGAGAAAAGCUGCAGGUGAUGACCUUGAUGAAGAACCUGUUUCCAAAAAGUUGAAGCAAAGUUUGGAGUUCUGCCUUGCAGAUGUUUCCUGGACAGCUCUUGCCAGUGAACUCUUGAAAAUUUUACAUCCAUCAAUUGAAUCUAGUUCUGAACUUGGACUAGGGAAAAACAUAUCUGGUGAUGUUACAGUAAGCAUUAAAUUGUCCAACAUACCAGGAAAAUCUAAGGAUCCUUCAGAAAGGAAAACUACUUCAGUCUCCACAGCUGCUGAAAACAUUUGCGUUGUGGAUUACAAGUCUGAGAAAGGUAGUGCUGGUAGAGAAAAACAAUCAAGUAUUUGUGGAGAACAACCUCAAGAAAGACGAAGCAGCCGCCUGGAAAGGCUCAGGAGUCGUAAACCAGACAAAGAAGAAUUGGAUUUUGAGACCAACAGGGACCUUGCUAAAGUUGUAAUGCAAUUUCUAGGACCCUAUCUUGUGAAUCAAGCAGGAUUUGCAGACAAAGCUGAGGAUCUUCCUAAUUCACCGGAUACAGAGUGUAGUGAUGUUGUUGAAUUUGUCCUGAAAUCGACAAGAAAUCACGGUGCUUACCACUUGGGUCACAUGCUCCUGGAAGAAGUUGCCAACCGAGGCAUUUUGUAUCAGGAUAGCACGUCUAAAUUUUUAGAUCUGGAGAAGGUGAUAAGGUUUUGGGGCCAGGAGAGAACUCCUGAGUGCAAUUUGUUUCUUGCUGAGUUAUAUCAUGAUUUUGGUUUAUGUUCUUCUGACACUUCAAAAAAGUCUAGCUUGAUGUCAGAGGCUUCAUAUCAUCUAUGCAAAAUAAUUGAAUGCGUCGCUUUGGACUAUCCAUUCCACAUUAUUGGCAGGAAAGAAAGCUCUUCAAUGAGGGAGCAUUGCCAGAAUAAUGGUCAUAGUGGAUAUCCUCAAAGUAGUAAAAAUGAUGGGUUUUGGGUUCGCUUUUUUUGGUUAAGUGGGCAAUUGUCUAUAUCAGAUGGUGACAAAGCGAGAGCCCGAGAAGAGUUCUCUAUUUCAAUGGAACUUUUGACAAAUAAGGAAAGCAAAAUUGACUUCGUUUCAUUGUCCCACUUAAAAUCGUAUAAGAGCCUGACUGUCGAUAGAAUACUCCAUGAGAUUCAUCUACUGGACGUUGAUUUUCUAAUGAAGGAUGGUAUCCAUCAGUUAGUUGAUAAAAAUCUGCACUCUGAGUGUGUGAAGACACUUGCUCCUCUUCUCUUUUCCUCAAAAGAGGUCCGUGCUGAAUCAUUACGUGUCACCAGUCAUACAGAGAGAGGGCUAAAUUCAAUUGAACUGUCUGCCUUAGAUAUUUUAAUAAAAGGAUGUGAGGAGACGGAGCCACUGGACAUUGAGGUCUAUUUAAAUUGCCAUAAAAGGAAGUUGCAGGUGCUCAUUACUGCUGCUAGUGAGGAAGAAUAUCAGCUUUCUAACCAGAUGAAAGAUUCAAAAAUGUUAUCUAUCUCUGACUCAGAGUCAAAAGAAAUCCCAAGUGACCUCUGGAACUUGGUUGCUCAAGAAGUGAAGGCAAUAUCUCAGUGUGCGUCAAGGAUAAAGAGCAUCAGUAACCCUUCUGAAAGCUAUAGUGGUGUUCCAAUGACUGUCAUUAGUGAUAUUCAAUCGUCGCUGCUGAUGUUUAUGUGUAACAUUGCCAACACAUAUUCUUGUAAGAAAUUUUCUGGCCCAGGAAUUUCAGAUCAUAGGGAACAGAGAGAAAGCUCGUACUUUGUAGAUGCAGCUAUUGCAUUCUGUAAACUCCAACACUUGAUCCCAAAUGUUCCUAUAAAAGCUCAAACAGAGUUGAUCGUGGCAAUCCAUGACAUGCUUGCUGAGUUUGGUGUCUGCUGUGCAAAUGCAACUGGUGAAGAGGAAGAAGGAACAUUUCUAAAACUUGCAAUAAAGCACCUCUUGAACUUGGAUAUGAAACUGAAAUCUAACUUUCACUCUGUCUGCAAGGAAUUUGAAAUGUCUCAGUGCGACGAACAGUCUUCUCAUGAUAAUAAUGUAGGGAGAUCUGAGCAACUUUCUCAUGGAAGCAACAUCAAAGUGUUAUCAAAUGUAUCAAAUUUGGACAACCUAAAUGUGACAGGUCAGGUAGAUAGAGAUGAAGCUACUGCUUCAGAUAAAGAUGCUGUUGAGAGGAUUAGUGCAGAAGCCAUUUCUGCCAGUAAAGCUCUGGAGGUUGAGAAAACUAAAGUGGAGAAAAGUAAGAAUACUGGUGAUGUCUCUGAUGGUUCGUACCCUAGAUCGGAGAAAUCAAAGGAUCAAUUGGUCGAAGAUGGAACCGAGCUAAGUGAAGAUGAAAAGGAGGAGCUUGAAGUUGCCAUUGAUAAUGCUUUGGAUCAGUGCUUUUACUGUCUGUACGGAUUGAAUCUAAGGUCUGAUGCAUCUUAUGAAGAUGAUUUAGCUGCGCAUAAGAACACAAGCCGGGGUGAUUACCAAACUAAGGAACAAUGUGCUGACGUUUUUCAGUAUAUACUUCCCUAUGCAAAAGCUUCUUCUAAAACCGGGCUCAUUAAACUCCGAAGAGUCCUUAGAGCUAUACGAAAGCACUUUCCGCAACCACCAGAUGAUGUUUUAGCUGGAAAUGCAAUAGACAGGUUUUUAGAUGGUCCUGAAAUGUGUGAAGACAAACUCUCUGAGGAAGCAGGAUCCAGUGGCUUUUUGGAAUCCAUGACAAAGAUAUUAUUGUCAGAUCCCAGAAGCCUCAAACAGCAGAAACCAUCAUCAAAAGGAAGUUCUGAGCCAUACCUGGAAGUUUAUAGCAACUUGUAUUAUCUUCUUGCUCAGUCUGAAGAAAUGAAUGCAACUGAUAAAUGGGCUGGCUUUGUUCUGACAAAAGAAGGGGAGGAAUUUGUGCAGCAAAAUGCAAAUCUCAUCAAAUAUGAUUUAAUUUACAAUCUCCUACGCUUGGAGAGUUGGCAGAAACUUGCAAAUAUAUAUGAUGAGGAGGUAGACUUGCUGCUAAAUGAUGGAAGCAAGCAAAUAAAUGUUCUGGGAUGGAGAAAAAAUGCUGUUUUAUCUGAGAGAGUUGAGGCAAGUCGCAGAAGGAGCAGACGAUGUUUGUUGAUGACUUUAGCUUUAGCCAAAACAGCAGAUCAACAGGCUGAGAUACAUGAGUUAUUGGCGUUAGUAUAUUAUGAUGGUCUUCAGAAUGUAGUACCAAUCUAUGAUCAAAGAUCUGUUUUGCCGUCCAAAGAUUCAGCAUGGUUGAUGUUCUGUCAAAACUCAAUGAGACACUUUCAGAAGGCCUUUGCACACAAGGAGGAUUGGUCGCAUGCAUUCUAUCUGGGGAAACUCUCCGAGAAGCUUGGAUACUCACAUGAGAUGUCAUUUUCAUUCUAUGCUAAAGCUAUUGCUUUGAAUCCAUCUGCUGCAGAUUCUUUCUAUAGGAUGCAUGCUUCACGGUUGAAGUUACUUUGCACAUGUAGGAAACAAGAUGAGGAGGCCUUGAAGGUUGUUGCUGCGCACUGUUUCAAUGAAUCGACUCAGGAUACUGUGAUGGAUAUCCUCAGUAAGGUUUGCCCAUCAAUUUCAGAAUCAAUGUGCUCCGAGGAAAGAACUCCCGAUGCUUACUCUGUAAAUGAUGUAAAAGGGGAUUCACAUUUUGAAGGGGUGUGGCAGAUGCUUUACAAUGAUUGUCUUUCUGCCCUUGAAAUAUGUGUGGAAGGGGACCUGAAACAUUUUCAUAAGGCUAGAUAUAUGCUUGCUCAAGGCCUAUAUCGAAGAGGUGGGAAGAUGGAUAUAGAGAAGGCAAAGGAGGAACUUUCUUUCUGCUUUAGGUCGGCUCGUUCUUCAUUCACAAUAAACAUGUGGGAGAUUGACAGUAUGGUUAAAAAGGGAAGGCGCAGAACCCAAGGUUGCUCAGGGAACAGGAGAGCCCUAGAAGUUAACUUGGCAGAAAGUUCUCGGAAGUUCAUUACUUGCAUCCGCAAGUACAUAUUAUUCUAUUUAAAACUGCUGGAGGAGACAGGAGACAUAUGUACCCUUGAUCGGGCUUAUUUCUGUCUUAGGACAGAUAAGAGGUUCUCCUUAUGCCUUGAAGAUCUCAUUCCAGUUGCUCUUGGACGAUACUUAAAGGCAUUAAUUUCAUCUAUACAUCAAACUGACCAUAUGUCUUUUGCUGCUAGCAACUCUAGUGAGCAUCAUCUGGAGAAAAUGUUCUCUCUGUUCAUGGAACAGGUAACCAUGUGGUCUGAUAUUUGUGGCUUACCAGAAAUAAAGAGCUCAGAGUUGACGGAGAGCUGUUUAUUUGGAUAUCUUUAUCGAUAUAUCCAGUCUUUAGAGCAAAAUAUCAAAGUUGAAGCGCUUGAAGGAAUAAAUGAGAAGAUACGCAAGCGUUUGAAGAACCCAAAGCUGUCGAAUAGUAACUGCGCAAAAGUUCACAAGCACGUUUCUGCUGCUUGGUGUCGGUCACUUGUAAUUAGCAUGGCCUUAAUAACACCUUUGCAUUCAAGACUCUCUAGUGAAGUGCAAGUUCCAAAUUCGCCAGCUAAUGGAUUAGAGAAUUCACAACUGCUUUGUGUUGAUCUCCAACUGGAUGAACUAUGGAGUUCAUCUUUUGAGGACAUGAAUCAUUUGAAGGAUCUUGAGAGGAAGUGGAACCCUUCAUUGUCUAAGAUAAAAAAUGUAAUAGUAAAGAGAGCUGCAGAUGAAGAUAUGGAAACUGCUUCUAUGUUGCUUAGGUCUUGCUAUAAUUUUUAUAAGGACACUUUUUGUGCAUUGCUCCCAUCAGGUAUAAACCUUUAUAUGGUGCCAUCUCAAUUUGCUACAGAAACAUAUAUCCAACCUGGCAUAGAUGCAGUUGACAUACUCGAUAUGAACACUUCACGGAAGCUACUUUUGUGGGCCUACACACUUCUGCAUGGCCAUUGCACAAAUGUCUCAGCUGCUAUUAAGUAUUGUGAAGAAAAUUCCAAGUCUAGGAUAAAAAAAGGAACUGGAAGCUCGUUGCCUUCAAGUGCAAAUGCAUCUCCUGCCACCGCUUCCAAUAUAGGUGGAGGAAAAGAUGGAACGAGUAAAAGCGCUGAACCAGAUGUUUCCCCAUUAUCAAAUUCGGGCAAUGCACCAUCUUCUGAAACCGAUGGAUCACAAAAGGUUAAACCUCCCAGUUUGCCAGAAACUGAGAAGACAAGUGGUGCCUCUUUAUCCCAAACGGGGGGCACGAUGGAUGCAUUAUCGACAUCUCCACCUGAAGGAGAGAGUGGUUUCAACAUGACAUCCAUAUCUUUGUCUGAAUCUGUAAGCACUACUUGUCCAAAAGCUGUAUCUGCUGAUCAGGGCCAGAAGGCUUUAUCGGCUGCUCCGCAUUUACAUCAAAACAAUCCUGUUGAUGAGAGCAAGAAAUUGAAUAUGCAGAAUGAUGCGAAACCUGAAAACAUUUGAUGUUGUACAACCUGUUCUAAUCAAUCUGUCCUGCAACUUUGCGCCGUGACUGGUCUAUUAUUGUAUGUAAGCAGUUCCUUCUUUUCUUGAA